UCGCGCGACGAAAUGACGACAUGUCCUCGUUGUCCAAUAUGGCGAAGAAACAACGUGGGAAAACCCGAACAGGUUAUUUUUUAAAAACAGGUGAUGUAGAAAAACCAACUAAAGCUUUUGCAUUGACGCUGGAAUCGAGCGACGAUGAGGCGCCAGAGGAGGUUACAUUUGAGGACUCCAAGGCUCAGGCUUUACGGAGCCUGAAACGGGCGCUGGACUCGGCUAAAAGAGAGAAGGAGCUGCUGAAGGAGAAGAGGAGGAAAAAACAGGAGCUGUUCCAGGAACAGAAGAAAAGAAAGCUCCUGCCUGUUGAAGUGUUGGAGGAAAUCGACUCGCCCCCUUCAGAGAAACACAAACAGUCGGAGGAUGGAGCGGAAGAGGAGGCAGAAGACAGAACGACGAGUGUCAAACUUCCAAAUGUCAGAAUCUUUAAAGGAAACUACACGGUGAGAGCGGCGACAGAGCAAACUGCAGCAGCAGCCUUCCAGCGGCAGGCAGCAGAGGAUUUCAUCCAGUCGAGACUUUACGGACCAGGAAGCUGCAGAGGGACAAAUAACGAGCUUCUCUCCAUCCAGAACAAGAACGGGGGGAAGAAAAGUGCAGCGGUGCAGUUCGUUAAAAAAGGCUGGGCCUGUGAGAAGAAAGCAAAAGCAGAGAAGAUGAACAAGAGGUGGAUCCACAAACAGCAGAUUCCCUCCAGCUGAUGCGACAGACGUGUCGGAUUAGAAUCUUUAACGGGCCUCCUCCACAUCGACCUGCAGAGUUCUGCUCAGAGAAUCUGGACCAACCAUCAGAAACCGUUUUGGACCGGGUCGGUGGUCUGGUGACAGAACCGGGCUCAGCUGCAGUAUUCACUGAAACGUUUACGUUUGGCUUUAAGAACUUUGUUUCCCCAAGCAUCUCCUGUGAGAAUCUUCGGUUCCUGAUGAUUAAAUAGUUAAGCAAAUUUUUUUGCUGCAGGUAAACAAACUGAUUUAUCUUUGAGAAACAAAUAUUUCAGUUUCUGUAAAUUAUAUUUAAUCUGUUUUCA